AUGUCUUCAAGUCUCCUUGCUACGACGACGUCGACGGUGGCGGUGCCUACUCCUACGCUGACCCCAGUCCCUGAGGAGGAAGAAUACUACUCAUCAUGGUCGCUCUUCCUUGUCUGUGGCCUCCUUAUUAUGUCGCUAUGGACAUCAUACUACCUGCAGAUCAAGCGAAUACGAGCCAUACACGAGACUCUUGUCGCUAUCAUAGGCGGAAUGUUCGUCGGGUUAGUGGUCCGACUGGCUCCUGGGACUAUGAUACGAGAGAUGCUAACGUUUAAACAUACAUUAUUCUUCAAUCUACUGCUCCCGCCGAUCAUCCUCAACUCAGGCUAUGAGCUCAAGCAGGAGAAUUUCUUCCGCAAUUUUGGCUCUAUCCUUACCUUCGCAUUCCUCGGAACGUUCAUAUCUGCCGUCGGCGUAGGGGUGUUGGUAUACAUCUAUUCCUUCCUCGGUUUGGAGUCUCUGGAGGUGACUCUCAUAGAAUGCCUCAUCUUUGGAUCUACGCUAUCCGCCACAGACCCUGUCACGAUCUUGGCCAUAUUCAAUCAGUACAAAGUUGACCCCAAGCUGUACACAGUCAUCUUUGGUGAAAGUUUGUUAAACGAUGCGGUCAGUAUCGUUAUGUAUGAAACGCUCACGCAAUUCCACGGCACGGAGAUCUACGUUUCAUCGCUAUUCCACGGAACUGGGAUCUUCCUGCUGUCUUUCAGCGUAUCGAUGGCCCUUGGCGUCGUUUUUGGGCUCGCCAUGUCGCUCAUCCUGAAGCACUCUUCGCUGGCGCUCUACCCUUCCAUCGAGACAUGUUUGGUCGCUCUAUCCGCCUACACGUGCUACUUCUUCUCUAACGGUCUGUCGAUGUCCGGCAUCGUCUCUCUGCUCUUCUGCGGCAUCACGCUUAAGCAUUAUGCAUACCACACCAUGUCACGGCGCACGCAGCGUGCAACGAAGUACAUCUUCUCGACACUUGCGCAGUUGUCGGAGAAUUUCAUCUUCAUCUACCUCGGCUUGUCACUCUUCACCAGCCCGCCUUCUUCUGAAAAGGUCACGAGCUAUUUCAAGCCGCUCUUCAUCACAAUCACUACAGUAGCGGUGGUGUUCACUCGCUAUGCUGCUGUCUUCCCUCUGUCCGAGGCGAUCAACUUCUUCCACAGACACGCACGAGGCCAGCGCCAGGAAGAGCUGCCACACUCGUAUCAGAUGAUGCUCUUCUGGGCAGGCUUACGCGGGGCCGUCGGCGUAGCGCUCGCGGCCGGAUUCAAGGGCGACAGUGCGCAGACGCUGCGGACCACUGUGCUCGUGGUGGUGGUGUUGACUGUCGUCGUGUUCGGUGGUACUACGGCGAGGAUGCUCGAAGUGUUAGGAAUCCGUACUGGAGUGGAGGAUGAGACAGCCACUAGUGAUGACGACGAGGAAAUUCCCAUCGGCAGGCCAGGCUGGUAUAACAGGCGGAGCACGCGUUGGAAUGCGUUGCUCGAAGACGAGGGCGGUGUGUUUGCAUCACAACAGGCUGCAGGAUAUCCCCGCAGUGCACCUGGCAGAAUGACGUACGAAGACAGCCCGCGGAUGUACAACCAUCAGCUGCAGAAUGUGCCGCUGAUGAACAGCGCCCAUCCGAUGUUUUCCGCGGCAUCGACCGACUCGUUCGAUUCUGACGGCGAGGUGCUGCCUCUGGCUACGGCGCCCGUCAACGGGUCCGCCUCGCCGGGUGGCCGUCGGAAGUCGCGAGAUAACCUCGCUGGCCCGUCGACAGAGGGAACGGAAGAAGGCAAAUGGUUCCAGCAACUGGACGAGCGAUACCUGCUGCCGCUCUUCUCAAACGCCACUGCAAGUCGGACGUUCCAUGCGCGGAAAGCACGGCGGGCGUCGGGGGUGGGCACCGCCAGCGGGAGCCGGAUCGGCAGCCCUGCUGGCUCGGAUGAUGAGGGAGACGACGGGACCGAGGUCGAUCUCACCACAGCCGCCACCCGUGCUGCGAACGUGAAUCAUGAUGAGGCGCGGGCGCUGACACCGGGCGUGAUGGACCAGAGUCGGACAGAGCGGGGGCUCGCGAGCCCAAUGCUGCGGCGGGAUAGCGAAGGGCAGAAUCGCGACCGCGCAUCAUUAUGA